AUGAAGACAUUUUUGGUAGCCUUGGUGCUGGGCGUAGGCAUUGCCACAGCGUUUCUGGAUCCAGAAGUCUUAGAGGCAAAUGUGAAAAAUUCUUCUGCACAUACUUUAAGGAAGCGGUCCGCAUUUUCAGGAACUGCGACAUGGUACGAUGUCGAAACGUACCAGGCAGGCGCCUGUGGUUAUGAUAUCGACAAUAGCAUGCAUAUCGUGGCAUUGAAUGAGCCUAUGUAUGGUGAUCUUGAUUCCCGCUCAAAGUGGUGCGGCAAACAUAUCAUGAUUGCCAAUGGCCUCAAGACAGUGCGAGCCGUCAUUAUGGAUGCGUGUCCUGAGACAUCUCAAUGUCAUCACGGUUCAUUGGACAUGAGCAUGUCGCUUUUUCAAGAAUUUAACGAUUUAACGUUGGGUGUAUUUCCUAUUACGUGGUGGACGAUUGACGAUAGUCACAAUGAUGAUGGCGAUAAAGGCCGUGGUAAUGGCGGGGGCAAGUCGAAUAGCGGCUCAGCGUCUUCGGACUCGCGGUCGCAGUCGCAUUCGUACUCACGUUCACAUUCGCAUUCACAAACUCACUCACAUUCGCGGUCAUACUCAUCGUCAACUCCCACCAGCUCCAGUUAUCAUGAGCAUAAUGCUUCGCGUUCGUCUGCUCAAGCAGAAGCGGCAGCCUCGGCAUCUUCAGCAAGAGCACGAGCAUCAUCUAUCGCCCGGGAGCAGUCAUUAUCCAAAGCAUCAGCAGCAAGCUCCCGAUCGAGUGCUUCUGAGGCAAGUUUGAGGUCGAAGAGUUCGGAAUCAGCCUCUCAUGAUAGCAGCUCGACACGUGUUGCUACAUCAUCGUCCGAUUCUCAUUCUUCGUCGACAACGGCAUCUUCCUCAAGCUCACAAACAACCGGUAGCUCUUCCCAAGACGAUCCGCGAGUCGGAAACUUGGAAAAUUUCGUCAAAGUCUUGAAUGGGCUCUCGAUGCUUGUUCAUGCGGCCGCGCAAAAUUAG